AUGAAUGUCCGCACUGAGUUGUACAAUCUCGAUUCGGAUGGCUCCAAAAAUUACCUCUCGGAUGGACAAUCGAGGCUAAUUCCCCUCUUCUUCGAGUGCUCUUUGGCUUUCUUCUUCCUCCUUGUUCUCUGGGCCUAUUACUGCUAUUGCAACAAAAGAUCCAUGAAUAGGGUUCAUCUCUUGAUCACCGGAUUAAUUACCAUGAAAACGCUCAGUCUCAUCCGUGCCGCGCUGGAUAAGUACUUUGUUAAACUUACUGGGAUACCUCACGGUUGGGAAAUUAUGUUCGAAGUUGCUCAAGGCCUGACAUCACUUAUCGUCACAGCAUGUGGUUCAUCCAUAAUUGGAUUCUCGUUUUUUCUCAAUCCAUUCUUGCGAGAGAAGAAGACCAAGUUAUUCAAUGUUGCCAUUGCCCUCCAGGAUCUCCCCAAUGUGGCUUUCCCUUUUGCGAGGACCAUGGGAGACACUUGGCUUGAGGUAGCGAUGGUACUGGGUUUGCUGCACGUAAUCUGCGCGUGCACCAUCCUUGUUAUCACAGGGAGACCUCAUUGGUUGCUGCAGAAGGCUGCGAAGACCGACUAG